GCAAACAUGCUGCUGCUCGUAGUGUUUGUGGCCACAGCCUCUUGGUCUUAUGGAUUUGCACAGGAAAUUCCCAUGCAGAGUCCUAUAUCCAUCACCAAGUUUGAAAAAAGUGCACGGAUGACAUGUGAAAUUCAAACAUUAGAGGCAAAUUUUGAUGACAUCGUCAUACACUGGUAUAAGCAGAAGGAGGGUGAAGCUCCAGAGAGGCUUCUGUUUGUUUCAGGAGGCAAAGUUGCCAUUGAAAGUGGCUUUCAAGCAAACAGAUACAUGACUGAGAUAAGUUCUGUCCAGAAGCGAUGUGUUCUUACAAUAAAGGAUGUAAUUCCAGAUGAUGCUGCUACUUACUACUGUGCCUACUGGGAUCCUCACUUGGUGGUGUUCGGCUCAGGUACAAAACUCAUUGUCUCAGAAAAAAGAAGUUCUCCCCCAAAAAGCUCUGAAAUCCUGCAGAGAAAACAUGAAAAUCAGAUCAUGUAUGUUUGCUUUAUUGAGAAAUUCUAUCCAGAAGUUAUUAGGGUGACAUGGACAGAAGAUGAAAAGGAGGUAACAGGCAACGUAGUAAAAGGUGACACUUGGCAGUCCACAAAGGAGGAUGAAUACUCAAUUGCCAGUUGGUUAACUGUGCCAGCAGAGAGUGAAGACAAGAAAUACUACUGCAAAUAUGAGCAUGAGGAGAAGAGUACUUCACUGCCAACACAAGAUUCUGUGAAGACUGCUUCUCAGGAAGAGGACUGUGGAACAGUUUUUAAUAGAGAUCAGUUAAUGCACAGGACAGCAUAUUUAGUCUACGUCAUCCUUCUUCUGAAGAGCUCCAUGUACAAUAUUAUCAUACUCUUCUUCAUCUACAGAAUGUGGGCUUUAACCAAGCACCGAGGAAAGAAAGCAUAAAUGCUGUUUUAAGAAAGGCUACAAACUGAUCUUCAACUUACUUUGCAGUACGUUUAUCCAUAUAGAAUCCCCUGCUCUCAGUGUUAGAUGUAACGGCAAAAAAAAUAUUCCAAAAUAAUUUUCUGUUAUUAGUGCAUAAGGGCUCAUUUUGCUUUACUGCUAGUGUUUCUAUAUCAGUCUUGUUUUCUUAUUUUUUUCUGAAUAUUGAAUAAAGAUAGGCAAUAGGAAUAAUGCAUUUUAAUCCAAGUCCAUAUUGCAAAAUGAAGACAAUAGCCAUGUCAGAAGUAGCUACACAUCCAGAAGCUUGGGGAUAUAACAGCGCUUUUGACAUACAAAGCACAGAUGUGUUUUGUCACUGCAUUUAAGGCUUAAUUAGGAGCAUUCCUGUGCAGUAAAUUCACAGGUUUGGUUAAUUUUUACUUUCAGUGACUUGUUGCAACUCUCAUGUAUCCAACAGAUGAGGAAUUAAUUAUUCUGAAGUGGUAUGCUGUAAUAGACAAUUAAACAAAACUUUAAAAAGUGAACAAAAGAAUUCUGAAUGAAGAAGUCAGAUGAGAAUAAAAGCAAUUCUAAGGUGCACAUGCGCAGAAAUUGAAGAAAUCCACCAGCGACACGGUCUGAAAAUCUGCACAUUGUAAUUUAAAAAAAAGAAAAUUAUCACAAUGAUCAUGAGCAUCACCUUGUUUAAAGACACCUUUUAAAACUGAAACAAAACUACAAAUACGAAUCUCUAACUUUCACAAAGGAAGAAAAAUUCUAAGAGACUUUGAACUCUUAAUCUCCCAGUUCCACACAUCAAUUCCUUUCAAAUUUAUGUGGAAAAAUAGGAAGUAGACAUAUUGGGAUAAGUCACUUGCUUGGUUUUGGGCAAAACACUGCCCUAGGUUUUGGAAAUAUGCCUCUGCAGCAUUUACAUUCACUGUGUCUGUAAUGAUGAUGGCAAUAAAAGCUUUCCUCCAGCUGU